AUGUAUCCGAAUAUAGCGGAAUGCUACGAGGGACAGUCUGUUUUUAUGACUGGAGGCACAGGAUUCCUAGGAAAAGUGCUCUUAGAAAAGUUACUAUACAGCUGUCCUGGAAUCAAAAAAGUAUAUCUAUUAGUAAGAGAAAAGCAAAAUAGCACAGUACAGCAAAGAAUACAGAAACUUAUAGAAGAACCGUUGUUUGCGAGAUUGAAAGAAGAAAGACCUGAGGCCCUAGAAAAAAUUUUACCGAUUGCUGGUGAUAUUUCCGAACCGAAACUCGCUAUCAAAACUGAAGAUGAACAGCUUCUGGCUGAAGAGGUUUCGAUAGUGUUUCACGUUGCGGCUACUAUCAAGUUCAAUGAACCGCUGGAUGUGGCUAUGAAUGUUAAUGUAGCUGGGACGGGAAGAGUGUUGAAUUUGGCACAAAAAAUGAAAAAUAUUAAGGCUUUCGUCUAUGUAUCUACAACGUACUCUAACACUGACAGGAAAAUUAUCGAGGAAGUAAUAUACCCACCUCCAGCCUCCCUAAAUGAGGUCAAAAAAUUAUUAGAGAUUGGCAUCACAGACGAACAAGUCAAGGAGCUUAUAAAGGGACGACCAAAUACGUAUACAUUCACUAAAGCUUUGGCAGAAAACCUAGUUGCUGAUAACCACGGAAAUAUUCCCGCGAUCAUCAUCAGACCAUCUAUUGUAUCAUCUAGUAAAGUGGAACCAGUAGUCGGUUGGAUAGAUAAUUGGUUCGGAGCCUCGGCGUUAUUGACCACAAUAUCAAAAGGCUUAAACCGAGUUAUGUUGUCCGAUUCUGAAAAUGCACUUGACCUUAUACCAGUGGACUAUGUUUCCAAUCUGACGAUAGUGGCUGCUACGAGAUGCGAAUGGUACACAAAAAUCCAGGCCAAAGUAUCAUUUAUUCGUGAUACAUUGGAAUUCUUCACAUCGAACAACUGGUCCAUACGUGCACCUCAAACUAUCGCUUUGGCGAAUUCUUUGUCAUCGUCAGAUAGAAUUCUCUUUCCUUUCAACCCUACCGAAAUAAAUUGGAAUGAAUAUAUCCCUACCUACUGCCAAGGAAUACGACAAUAUUUAUGUAAAAAGUAA